CAGACCCUGAUAGCAUGGCCGUGAACCUAAUCCAUGGCCCUCUGGGCUCAUUGUUCUCUCCCUUUCCCAUUUAUCUUUCAAUCGUUGGGUUUAUUGUUUAUCUUGUUGGGCGUCUCUUAGUGAACCUCGUUUAUGAUGACCGCAAACCCUUUGCACCUGGUUCAAGUCUUGACCAGGCCGAGAAAGGCAGCCUGAAGAAGCAGGAGGGUAUGACAGAUGAUGAGAUCUUUCAAUUGGAGAAAAGAGCAUUCUUCAGCAAGACGUGGCUCUUCGUUUGUCACCACAGCAGGUUUGACAAGCCUGGUGACUACCAUGCUUUUGACGUUGCUGGUAUCUCAUUCUUCGUUGUCUUGGGCAAAGACAUGAAACUGCGAGCUUUUCACAACGUCUGUCGACAUCGCGCAUACACCGUGGUCCGCAAAUCGUGUGGCACCUCGACGCGGUUUUCGUGCAAGUACCAUGGUUGGCAGUAUGAUGACAAGGGUGCAUUAGUCAAGGCUCCCAAGUUUGACGAAUCACCCGGCUUCGUACCCGGCGACAACGGCUUAUUCGAGAUCAAGUUGAUAACGACAAGGGAGGGUUUGGUGUUUGUCAACUUUGACGCAAGCACACUGCAUCUCCCUUUCAAUAAUGUCAAGUCUCACGUGGAUCUUGGGAGCUGCUCUUGGGUCGAUGGGAAGGAGGUCACCUGUGCCACGAACUGGAAAGACAUUGCAAAUGAGUUCUCCAAUCAAGCUCAAUGGGGGCAGAAUCCGUUUGAAUGGCUUUCUGCAUUUCGCAAGUCCAAAGUUGUCAGACUCCUCGGUCCAUUGAGUAUUAUCAAGGAACUCGACAACGAUCUGUGGUGCACGCUGGUCCUUCUACCACGAUCAAGCUCGGAAGUCGUGGUUCGAUUCGACUUUUAUGUUAAAGAGGGACACGCAGCUCCCGCAAAGGUCGUAGAGAAGUCGAAGUGGAUGCUAGAGCAAGAACUCCUCAAUUUAUCCAGACCAGACGAAACAAAGAGCGCAACGAGAUCUUCAUAUUUUGCAUACCAAUGUGGAGGCCGCACCAUCGACUUGUUUGCGAUCCUUGCUCAGCACCAACGGAACGAGAAGAUGGCCAAGAGAAAGCUGCAGCCUGCGAUCAGGGUGACAGGCACAGCUGAUAUCGACACGGAAGCGGAGGCUUUGUGCGAUGCCCUCGAGGGAGUAGCCAACUCGCCUUCUUUGGAGACGUGCUCCCGGAUAUCCAGCUUGACUCAAACCUUGGAGUGGUGAUUUCCGUCAGGAGGGCAGCGGAUGAUACAGACGGGGAAUAGACAAAAGAACUGAGACAUGCGUUGGGUGCUUCGACGACUUAAUCUGUAGGCUGUUAGUGGACGAGAUGUUCACAGGGGGAGCUUUAGCUGGUCAAACGGGGCUCGAGGGCAUUGGCAAUGAGAAAC